CAGACUCAAUAUUGGCUACAGCAAAUAUAUCCCAUCAUUUUCUAGAGUUGUUAUCUUACGACCAUGGCUUCAUUACGGGCCGGGUUUGAGUUUGGGCUGGACCGGGUCGGGUUGAUCUUCUUGUUCACGGGUCUGCUGAUGUCGGCGACUGUCGCCGGAGGUCGGGUCGUCAGAGAGGGUAGAGGCCUCAUUGAGAACGGCCUUGGCCGAACUCCUCAAAUGGGUUGGAACAGUUGGAACCAUUUUCACUGUGACAUAAACGAGCAGAUGAUCAAGGAAACAGCUGAUGCAAUGGUCUCUACCGGCUUGGCAUCCUUGGGAUAUCACUAUGUAAACUUGGAUGACUGCUGGGCUGAACAAGACAGAGACUCUAAGGGUCACUUGGCUGCCAAGGCAUCAACAUUCCCUUCAGGCAUAAAAGCUCUCGCAGAUUAUGUGCAUGACAAAGGGCUAAAGCUUGGAAUUUACAGUGAUGCUGGGACACAAACCUGCAGCCGAAAAAUGCCAGGGUCACUUGGACAUGAAGACCAGGAUGCAAAGACCUUUGCCUCAUGGGAAGUUGACUAUUUGAAAUACGAUAACUGUAACAACCCUGGUACUAGCCCUCAAGAAAGAUACGCCAAGAUGAGCAAUGCUUUGCAGAACUCGGGAAGGAAAAUUUUCUUCUCUCUCUGUGAAUGGGGUCAAGAUGAUCCUGCUACAUGGGCUGGCAACAUAGGAAAUAGCUGGAGGACAACCGGAGAUAUAGAAGAUAAUUGGGACAGGUAUAAAAUUUUAACAUUUAAAAAAAAAUCAUAUAACGUAUUUUCUACAUCUCGAGCUGAUGAGAAUGACAAAUGGGCAUCAUAUGCAAAACCUGGAGGAUGGAACGAUCCUGACAUGCUUGAAGUGGGAAAUGGAGGGAUGACAACCGAAGAAUAUCGGUCACAUUUCAGCAUUUGGGCUUUGGCUAAGGCUCCUCUGCUUAUUGGUUGUGAUAUCCGCUCGAUGGACAAUGUGACUCAUGAAAUACUUAGCAACUCAGAGGUCAUUGCAGUUAACCAAGAUAAACUUGGAGUUCAAGGGAGGAAAAUCAAAUCGGAUGGAGGCUUGGAGGUAUGGGCUGGUCCUCUCAGUGGUGGUAGAAUAGCUGUUGUUCUUUGGAACAGAGGAUCAUCAGAAGCAUCAAUCACUGCAAAUUUUUCAGAUAUCGGCCUGAAAUCAUCGGAUACAGUCGAUGCUCGAGAUCUGUGGGAGCAUUCAACUUCAUCAUCAGUUCAAGGGCAGAUAACGGUGAAAAUGGGGUCUCAUGCAUGCAAGAUGUACGUCCUGUCGCCGAAAUAGACGAGGAUAUAUUAAUGUUCAACGGUACACUAACGUAAAUUAGUGUAGCCAUUGCUCAAUGUAUGAGUUUUGCUGAAAGUGGAAAGAAAACUAAGUGUAAAAUUCAGAAAUAAAAAAGAAAAGCACAAUAGAAUAGAGCAACUGCCUUCACCUGA